AUGAAUUCAUCACUAGGAAGUACGGGCGCGGCAGGAUCUGGUGACGAUGACAUUGAUAACUUACAAAGUGAUAGAAGAGCUUCUUACAAACGUCUCACAGCAACUCAAUCAACCAUACUUGAAAAUUUCAUGAAGGAAUGCCACCAUCCAGACGAUGCUCAAAGACGUCAAUUGGCUGAAGAGGUUGGGCUUGAGCCCAAACAAAUCAAGUUUUGGUUUCAGAAUAAGAGAACUCUCAUUAAGAAUCAACACGAGAGGGAAAAUAACACUACUCUUCGUCUGGAGAAUGAAAGGAUUCAUAAUGAGAACCUCCUAAUCAAAGAGGCGCUGAAGGCCACAAUUUGUUCAACUUGUGGAGGUCCUCCAUUUCCUCAAGAAGAGCAUGAACAUUUCAUGCACAGCAUGGAACGAGAAAAUGCUCAGCUCAAGCAAGAGCGUGACAAAGUGUCAAACCUUAUUGCAAACUACAUGGAGAAAAAGAUAUCUCUCCCUGAGUUUGAGCAAGCUCUUGCUACUGUAAAAUCAUUCUCAAGAGAUAGAGACAUUGAUUUUUCACAAACCAAACCAGUUUAUGAAACACUAAGGCAUGCUCAUCUUCAUGUUCAUGGUAAUCUAACCAUGAGAGAAGCUAUGUUAAUGAACAUCUCUGAGCAAAACCCUGAUGAACAAAAGAGAAUGAUGUCUCGGAUUGCAACAAUUGCAAUGGAAGAGUUGGCUAGGCUUCUUAGAGUUAAUGAGCCUUUUUGGGUUAACACUCGAGAUGGGAAAUUCACUCUUGAUCGUGAAAGUUACGAGCAAGUUUUUCCCAAGGACAAUCACUUUCAAGGUGCAAAUGUGUGUGAAGAAUCUUCUAAAUUUUCUGGAGUUGUUAAACUUAGUGCCUUGCAACUGGUUGACAUGUUUCUAGACCCGCUCAAAUGGAAAAACUUGUUUCCAACAAUUGUUACCAAAGCUGAAACUGUCAAAGUGUUCGAAACUGGUUCAACAGAAAAUCGAGAUGGAGCUUUGCUUUUGAUGCAUGAACAACUGCAUAUUCUGUCACCUCUAGUGCGUCCUCGUGAAUUUAGCAUCAUUCGCUACUGCAAACAAGUUGAUGCUGGCGUAUGGAUGGUAACUGAUGUGUCAAUUGAUGCAUCUCGCCCGAACACUACGCCUCUCUGUCAAUCCUGGAAGUUUCCAUCCGGAUGCAUAAUCCGCGAAUUGCCUCAUGAUGCCUGCCUGGUUACUUGGGUUGAACAUGUGGAAGUGGAAGAUAAGAUCCAUACACAUCCUGUGUAUAGAAAUCUUAUCAGUAACUUUAAUCUAUAUGGAGCUGAAAGCUGGAUUAAGGAGCUUCAAAGAAUGUGCGAAAGAUCUUUCAGCUUUUUUGUUGAAACUAUAGCUGAUCAAGAAACUUCAGGAGUGAUCACAUCAACUGAUGGGAGGAAAAGUGUGAUGAAGCUUGCUCAUAGAAUGGUCAAAAUGUUCUGUGAAAGUUUAACAAUGUCAGGCCAAUUGGAAUUUCAACAUGUCACUCUUGAUAGCAUUGGCGGAGUUAGAGUUUCUAUUCGCAAAAACAACAAUUUCGGCCAACCAAAAGGCACCGUUGCUGUCGCUGCUACCACCCUUUGGCUCCCUCUCCCUGCUAAAAGAAUCUUCGAGUUCCUCAGAGAUCCUACAAAACGAUCUAAGUGGGAUGUCCUUUCUUCCGGAAAGCCAAUGACUGAGAUUGCACACAUCUCCAAUGGACUCUAUCCUGGCAACUCCAUUUCAAUUAUUCAGCCGUCUGUCUUUCGCGAAGACCAACCGGUGAUCAUCCAAGAAAGUUUCACAUCUUGUGUGGGAUCGUACAUUAUAUUCGCUCCAACGGAUAAAUCAUCUAUGAAUAUAGCUAUUCGAGGUGAUGAGUCAAAAGGCCUAGAAAUUCUUCCAACGGGAUUCGUUGUUUGCUCAAAAGCUAAGCCGAAUGCAGCUUUCGAUACAUUUGGCAAUACCGGAAGUGGUGCUGGUGCUGGUGCAGGUGCUGGAUCUUUGUUAACUGUGGCUUAUCAAAUUCUUAUUUCUACUUCAACUGGAAUUGGCACACAGCAACAUAUGGAAUCUAUGGCUUCUGUCAACACUCUUCUGUCCGGUACUAUUCGAAAAAUGAAGGAUGCUCUCAUGUGA